ACCUUGUCCAUCGCAACGCAUACAUCUACCUGAAAGACGAUACUCAUGGCCGACAAGACUACUGUGCAAGCUGUUUCUGAUACUGCUUCUUCUCUCGCAACUCAGGCGACCCAAGCUGCUACAACGGCAGCGGCCACAGCGGCUUCGACACUUUCCAGCGCAGCUGCUACCACAAAGCAGGCUGUUUUGGAUACAGUCACUGCUGUGACUGGUGACUCCGAACCCGUCCCAGGGCCUGACGAGACGCCCAUCUCGCCUAGUGAUGCCAGUCACAGCCUUGAGAAGGCUCUCAAGGGAAGGCCUGAGAAGAAGGAUCUUGUAGACAGGAACAUUCUGAAAGACACGAACGUCGCGCCUGGUCUCCAGGCUCAGCAGGCCAAACUAGAGCGUUCGCGUCUCGAGAAUGCUCUGGAGCAUAAGCUGGAAGCGAGGCCCCGGCCAUCCGAGCUGGUCAAGGAGGGUAUCCUUAAGCCGGAGGAGGCACCCCCUUCGUGAGCGAGACGAGAUGGCUCGGUCAUCUGUGUAAGAGUAUGUUCUAUCACCACUAGGAAAUGUGUAGCAGGGGAGAAAAUACAAACAAAGUUAACGAUGGC